CAUGCGGCGGUAGGCGCUGAAAACACGCACACACGUUUAGGAUUGUGCGCAUGCACACUAAAUCAGCACAUAAAAACGUAUGUUGCAUUUCUUAAACAAAUUUCAAUUAGCUCAUUAAUUAUGUACAUUUAUACACUGACUAAAAUCCAAUAAUAACCCGAUCCACAAAUACACACGCACACGCACACACACACACACACACAAACACACGCACACAUGCAUCCUUUCGAUUUCAUUUCCCGGAAACAAGGAUCAAAAUGUCAUAGGCGGCAUCUGAAUAGAAUUUCCAACUCUUAUAAUUUUGGUUAUAACAUGUUAUUUGUUGUUGUGACCGUAAAUAAAUAGGAGUCUUAUACGAUAUUAAAUAUUAGUGGACAGGUUAUAUAUAUUUAACCAGUCUGGAUAGGUUGGCUUUAACGAUGGAAAAACGACGCAGCUCCCCGCCAACUUUGAUCAAGCAGGAGCACGGAGAGUGGAGUCCCCUGGCGUUGGACAAUCCCCUAGAACCUGGUAGAAAGGUGCUGUUCCCUCUAUCUCGUUGCCCUCCCUCCACCGUCCUUCCCCCCUCCACCGUCCUUCCCCCUGUUCUCCCCCCAUCACAAGAUGAUGAUCUGUGGCAUUUACCUGGAAGACUACGUAUAAACCCAUCCCUGUGGGAUAAGGAGGAUGUGGCCCACUGGCUGCACUGGGCCCAGAAGGAGUAUUCGCUCCGCCGGUCAGAGAGAGGACGCUUUGAGAUGAACGGACGAGCACUCUGUCUGCUCACCAAGGACGACUUCAGACGACGCUGUCCGGACUCAGGUGAUGUGUUGUAUGAGGUCCUACAGUGUGUCAAGCAACAGAGAAGAGGUGUGGUCUGUGGACCUCAAACUCCACCCACCAUGAAUCUCACCAAGCCCACCCUCUGUAGGAACACCCAGACCCACCCAUCCAAUGGAAGCCAGACUCCCCAUCCCCCAGAGCUGGAUGGAGUCAGUACGCGGACAGAUUGUCCACCAACAAUUCCUAAAUCCCAAGAGGAGGAACCUCUGAAUCUGUCCAAUCAAGAGAGGCCUCAGAAAGAAGCCCCACCCAGAGAGGCGAAUGGCAAAAUACCAGACUGCAGGCUGCUAUGGGACUAUGUGUACCAGUUGUUAUCAGACCAGCGCUACCAGCACUUCAUCCGCUGGGAGGACCCGGAAAGGCUGGUGUUCAGGGUGGCCGACCCCAACGGACUAGCCCGACUCUGGGGGAACCACAAGAAUCGAGCCAACAUGACGUAUGAGAAGAUGUCUCGUGCUCUCAGGCACUACUACAAACUGAACAUCAUCAAGAAGGAACCUGGGCAGAAACUACUGUUUAGGUUUCUGAAGAGCCCUCAGGAGAUCAGGGAAAACAGAGCAGAGUCCCCGGAACACACACCCUCUCCAGAACACACACCCACACACACACCCACACACACACCCUCACACACACCCUCACACACACCCCGACAGGACAAUAGUGAGGAUGGUUUGGAGGUGUCCCCUGAAUCAAGCCCAGCCAGCUCUGACCACUAACACCUCAGACACAUGAUCUCUAACACUUGACCUCAAACCCCUUGACUUCUAAGACCUGACAUCUGACCUGUGACCACUGACCCAUGACACCUGUCCCCUCGACCAUCAGAAGCAUUCAGGUACAAAAGGGUUGGAUACUUAUCUUCCACUGUGAGAUUUAUUAUAGCGUUAAUUAGUAUAGUGAUAUGGAAAGGAGGUGAGGCUGCUGGGUAGGGAUUAUCUUCUGGGUAGGGACUAGAUGCUAAAGAGGGACUAACUACUGUGUAGGCAUUAUGUGAUGGGUAGGGAUUAUGUGAUGGGUAGGGAUUGUCUGAUGGGUAGGUAUUAUAUGAUGAGUAGGGACUAGAUGCUGUGUAGGGAUUAUUUUAUGGGUAGGGACUUGAUGCUGUGUAGGGAUUAUUUUAUGGGUAGGGAUUAGAUGCUGUGUAGGGAUUAUUUUAUGGGUAGGGACUAGAUGCUGUGUAGGGAUUAUUUUAUGGGUAGGGACUAGAUGCUGUGUAGGGAUUAUUUUAUGGGUAGGGACUAGAUGCUGUGUAGGGAUUAUUUUAUGGGUAGGGACUAGAUGCUGUGUAAGGAUUAUUUUAUGUGUAGGGACUAGAUGCUGUGUAGGGAUUAUUUUAUGGGUAGGGACUAGAUGCUGUGUAGGGAUUAUUUUAUGGGUAGGGACUAGAUGCUGUGUAGGGAUUAUUUUAUGGGUAGGGACUAGAUGCUGUGUAGGGAUUAUUUUAUGGGUAGGGACUAGAUGCUGUGUAGGGAUUAUUUUAUGUGUAGGGACUAGAUGCUGUGUAGGGAUUAUUUUAUGGGUAGGGACUAGAUGCUGUGUAGGGAUUAUUUUAUGGGUAGGGACUAGAUGCUGUGUAGGGAUUAUUUUAUGGGUAGGGACUAGAUGCUGUGUAGGGAUUAUUUUAUGUGUAGGGACUAGAUGCUGAGUAGGGACAAUCUACUGUGUAGGGAUAAUGUGAUGGGUAGGGAUUAUCUGAUGGGUAUGGACUAUCUGUUGGGUAGGCAUUAUCUUCUGUGUAGGAAUUAUCUGUUGGGUAGGUAUUAUUUUCUGGGUAGGGAUUAUAUGACGAGUAGGAACUAGCUGUUCCAAAUAAACACUAUUAAUCAGGGUCACAAUACAACCUAAUGUUAUCUUCAGUUUCAUGUCAUCUCUCUUUAAACCUGCACAUUCCACAGUUCAAAAGGUACACAGCCUUCCAUGCUUUCCAUUCAAUUUUGGGUCAGUAUUAAGGUUUUGAUUUUACUUUUGAAAAAGGGUUGGUCCUCUGGUGACAAAAGGGUUGGGUCAGUAUUAUGUUUUUGAUCGUCUGUUCAAUACAGAUUAUUGUACCAACUGUCAAUUCAAUGAGUAAACCUUAUUGAAAGUCCUGGUUUGUAAUUAAAAUAGUUUUGUACUUCUUGAAUUAACUGAAAUUUAAACUGGAUGUAUCCCAACCCAAUCUACAAGAGAUAGCAGUGGUCAAUAAGAUCAAACAUGCAAUUUCUCCUCAAAUUCUCUUAAAGUUUAAAGGUUCUAUGUGAACUGAGAAUUAGACUAAGUAAAUUGAAUUGAAGUAUACAUUUAUAAUCACACAAUACAGGUUUCAUACUAAGAUAGCUAUAUAAGUUUGGAUAUUUACUUUAAUUAUUAUUAAUGAACCUUGGAAACUACAAAGUUUAGGCACAAUUUUUCUGCACCUUUGCUUCUGUACAUUAUUUCAAACUUUGAAUUUUUUGUAAAUAAAUUAAUUGAUUUUGAAAACCUCAAACUUUCCCCUCUGAUUUCUAUCCCUAACCCCAAACCUUCUACAACAUAUAUUGCCCUCUGUAGAAAAGACAACUUUUUCAACAAUGGACAAAUGUCUAGUUUUGGAGUAGAAUGAAAGUCUUUACUGUCUGUUGUAACACUAAAGAAGUGGACAAAAUCUUUCUCAGACAUAAAAAAUACAGCUUUGUUGGACCACAUUAAAGUUUCAGCAACUUAAAAGUAAAUUAUGUGCACACUGCAAACACUGCAAUUGAGCAUGCUGGGAAAUACUUUUGAGAAAAACUGCAAUGAAGCAUGCAUGAGUUGUAUUUCUGUAGAAUCAGGCCCACUGGAUAAUUUGCUUUAUUCUUAACUCUAACCAUAACCAAAACUAAAUAGAUUUUUUAUUUUCAUUAACUGUGACCAUGUGACUGUUUACAUUUUGGAAACCUUUUGGAUUAUGUUGAAUAUUAAAAUAUUG